AUGACGUGCGAUUUUCAUUCUCUACCUCUCUACAUUUUCUUUCUCCACAUUUUCAUUCUCUGCAUCUCUACAUUCUCUACCUCUCUACAUUUUAAUUCAUUACAUUUUCAUUCUCGACAUUUGCAUUCUCUACCUCUCUACAUUCCCUACCUCUCUCCGUUUUCAUUUUCUACCUCUCUACAUUCACUACCUCUCUCCGUUUUCAUUCUCUACCUCUCUACAUUCCCUACCUCUCUCCGUUUUCAUUCUCUACCUCUCUACAUUCACUACCUCUCUCCGUUUUCAUUCUCUACCUCUCUACAUUCCCUACCUCUCUCCGUUUUCAUUCUCUACCUCUCUACAUUCACUACCUCUCUCCGUUUUCAUUCUCUACCUCUCUACAUUCACUACCUCUCUCCGUUUUCAUUCUCUCCAUUUUCAUUGUCUACCUCUCUACAUUCCCUACCUCUCUCCGUUUUCAUUCUCUACCUCUCUACAUUCACUACCUCUCUCCGUUUUCAUUCUCUCCAUUUUCAUUCUCUACCUCUCUACAUUCUCGACCUCUCUACAUUUUUCUUCUCCACAUUUUCAUUCUCUACCAUUCUACAUUCCUCUACCUCUCUACAUUUUAAUUCAUUAAAUUUCAUUCUCUAUAUUUUCAUUCUCUGUCUACAUUCCUUACCUCUCUACAUUUUCUUUGUCCACAUUUUCAUUCUCUACCUCUCUACAUUUUUCUUCUCCACAUUCUCAUUCUCUACCUCUCUACAUUCCCUACCUCUCAACAUUUUCAUUUUCUCCAUUUUCAUUAUCUACCUCUCUACAUUAUCACUGAGCCGAGUGUAG